AUGCAAACCGCCGGCUCGUACUCCUACGAGCUCGCCGAGUACAGCCGCGCCGUACCCGUCACCUACGCGCCGACCUUUGAGCGCCGCGGUGCGCCCGGCGCCUGGACCCAGCUGGUCCACACCUUCCUUCGUCGGACGGUGGCACGGUACGACCGCUCGGCCCUGUCGGCGCUGGGUGCACGGUGGUGCGUCUUCGACGGACUGCGCAGCUCCGGCGAGGCAGUGCCAGACGAGUCGGCGCGCUGCAGCGGCAGCGCAGAGGACAGGCUCGAGCCAGGCGUGCUGGAGGCGCGGCUGAUUGCGGCGUGGGAGGCGGCGGCAGCGGAGGACCCGCACGCGCUGUCGCCCGGUUUCGACGACGUGCUCCUCCUCGCGCUCGAGACCAGCUCGGGUGUGAUCGCGUGGGGCGAGCAGCGCCUCUACUGGUACUCCUCCCCUCCAAAGUACCUCUCGAUCUCGCGCCACCACAAGCACGUCGGCAAGCAGUCCUCGCGAGCGGAGGUCGACGGCAAGCGAGCCGUGUCUGGCUCGCUGCGCAUGCUGGCGUACGACGGCGCCCACCCGUCGUGGGCGGCGAAGGCGGCGCAGGCUCACCCUCCUCCCGCACUGCUCAAGACGGAGCCCUGCAAGAGGCGCUUUCUCUCCGAGGUCCGCUUCAGGAUCGACCCGCAGUGGUUCGUCGUCGUGGAGGAGAUGCCCGAGCCGGGGCAGGUCGCCCUCGCCGAGCGGCUGCCCUUCCGCUCGGCGCGCGGCCGGACCGACGAGAUGGAGGGCGCGAGGCUGGCGGCGUUGCUCAAUGCGAGCUGCGAGCUACUCUCGGCUUCGAUGGCCGCGAGCAGCGCCGUUGGCUCAGACGGCCCCUCGUCUCCCUCCGGGCACGCCUCCCGCCGCCUCGACGCCUCGACGCCGCGCGUGCCCGCCUCGCCGAUCGCAGCGACCGCCGCUUCUCCGUCCGACAAGGGCGUUGCGGAGUCUGUCUGGCGCACCGCGCCGGAGCCGCAGCGCGGAGGCACGAUCGACAACGAGGCCGCGACGCUCCGCCUCGGCCUCUCCUCCCUCUUCUCCGCCGUCGUUUCCCUCCCGGCCGCCGCGGCGCGCCGCAUCUUCGGCGGUGGCGGCGCGGCCGGCGACGACGGGUGGGAGAGGGCGGCGGUGGAGGCGGCCGAGGCGGCGGAGCUGAAGGCGUCGGACGAGACGCACACCGCGGGGGACGGCACUACCGUCAGCGCGAGCCGCGGCCGCAUGCGUGGCCGAGGGCCGAAGACGGCGGCGGAGGAGUACGACAUUGUGGUUCGGCCUCGCCGUCUCGCCGCCCACCUCGCGCGGGCGCGGCUGCACGGCGCGGCGGCGCGGCUGCUCGACCCAGCGGGCGGCCCGUGCCAGCGCGGCUCCUCGACCCGGCGGGGGAGCCGUACCAGUGGCCUCAAGUACCAGCUCGGCGUCGGCGUCACCCUCUACCUCAAGCUCCUCUCCUACCUCGCCCGCGGGUUCGCCCUCGCCGCCGUCAUCGCCGUGCCGCACGUCGCCGCGAACUGGCGCGGCGGCGAGCUCUCCUCGAUCGGCUUCGCUUCUGUGGACGUCAAGUUCUCGCUCGGCAACCGCAAGCCGUUCGACGUCGAGGUGUGGCCCUCGGGCAUCCUCGACCUCCUCUUCUCCUGCCUGCUGAUGGCGACCGCCCUCGCGCGCGACGUCGACGAGGGCACCAUCACGCCCGCCGACUACACCCUCCUGCUCACGGGCGUGCCUCGCCACCUCGGCGCGCGCGGCGAGGCCGCCCUCGGCACCGACGACCACGAGGCGGGCCGCGUGUACAGGCUCGACCUGACCCAGCUCGCCACCGAGACGACCGUGCUGCCGCCGCCGCUCGACGACACCGUGUCGGAGCUCGUGUUUGUGCGCGGGAGCGCCGCGUGGCUCGACACGACCAACGAGCUGCUCGACGCGCGCAAGCGGCUGCGCGCGCUCGUCCGCCCCGCCGGCCGCGCGCUCAGUGCAGAGACCGCCGCCGCGGCAUUCUCCAAGAGCGGCAAGGGGCCAAAGGUUGGGACGGCGCCGCCGCAGCCCGGCGACCCCGCGCCGCCCUCGCCGCUCGGGCGCUUCUCGCAGCGCCUCUCGACCGCCUUCAGACCGGAGGGCGACACCACUCCCAUCUCACCUCGCUCGGCCCGCGAGAGCGAGGCGCACCGCUCGCACGGAGUGCGCACGCCGAGGCCCGCCGAGAGGAGGCUGCGACGGGCCGUCCGUAGGCACGUCGAGGGGCUGCGCGAGGAGCUCGAGCGCGCCGCGAAGUCGGCGGGCACCUCGGCGGGCGAGGUGCGCGCGGUCCUCGUCUCGUUCAACUCGGUGGGGGCGAUGGAGAAGGUGAAGACUGAGCUGAAGCCCUCCGCGCCGCUCCUCUGGCUCCGCAACGCGUGGCCGCUCGCGGCUUUCGUCGGCACCGCGCCGCAGCUCGAGUACCCCGACCCAUCCUCGCCGCGCCGCACCCUGCGCUGCACGCUGUCGGUGCGCACCGCCGCCGAGCCGUCGGACCUCAUCUGGCCGUCGCUCGCGCGCACGGGCACCGAGCGGGCGGGGCGCGUCGCCGUGUCGUGGCUUAUCAUGUCCGCCGCCGUGCUGCUCGCCAUGAGCCUCGCCGUCCGGCUCACGACCAUCUGGGGGCUGCCUGCGCCGGCGCCGUCCUUCACACACACGUUCCAGCCCUGCCUCGACGUGCACUACCUCGACAGCUACUGGAGCGAGACGUUCGGCUCCGGCCCCUCGGGCUGCGGCCUGCGGCGCGACGGCACCGAGCCAAACAUGACCGUCGGGGCGGACGGGAAGAGGCACGAGUCCAACUUUGGAAAGGGGUGUGGCGGCGACCCGAGCUGCAUCCUGCACUCGAUCCUCGUCAACGCCUCGUGCGCCCCGAACGCCCAGUCUGCGCCGCCCGCCGAGCGGGACGCGAUGUUCGACCUCUCUCCCGCGCCGCGCUGGCUCGACGUGCCCGACGCACGCGUGGUUGCGAACUGGUACCCCUCGCAGAGCGGCAAGCGCGGCAGCCGCCCUCGCGGCAAGCGCGGCUUGCUGGAGGCGGCGGGGCAGUCCGAGGCGGAGGAGGGGCGCGGGGAGUGGACGUCCGAGGAGGGCCCGGGGAGGCUGCUCGCGGACGACCUGGAGCAGGAGCUGGUCGAGGUGACGAAGCCGAGGACGAGCGCCUGGUGGGCCUUCUGGGAGGUCGCGCCCGCGCCGACCGGCCAGACGGGCGCCUUCAACGUCUCCGACGCCAACGGCACGUUUUACCCAAAGUGCGACUUCCUGCGGCAGCGCGGCCCGCAGGGAGGCUACCUCGUGCCGAUCGGCGGCGGGCCCGUCGACUGCAGGGAGCACCCUUCCGAGUGCGAGGAGGCCUUCUGCUCCUUCUCCUCCGACUACAGCCCCGACGCGCCGCCGCCCUACCUGCUCCGGCCGACCCGCAUGUGCCCCUCGGCGGGCUCCUCGGUCCUCGCAAAGUCGAACGCGACGCGCAUGUCCGCGGCGGCAGCCGCGGCCGAGGCGGCGCAGGAGGGGCUCUCGGAGGUCUCGGCGGCCUUCACCGAGGCCUUCUCCAGCUUCGGCAGCUUCGGCGGCGGCGGCGGCGGCGGCGGCGGCGGCGGCGCGGGAGUGAACGUGAUGGGCAGUGGGGCGAGUGGGUGGGAGGACGAGGACGGCCUCGUCAACGCGUACGUGAUCGAGGGGUGCAACGACCCGAACUGCGUUCUCUGUACGCGCGCCUACCUCGACUGCCGCACCGACUCCGAGACGGCGCAGCUCGAGACGGCGCCGUUGCUGUCGGCGGCUCGGCUGACCACGUACCGCACCUUCGCCAUCUCGAUCAUCGUGCUCGUGCUCGGCCAGGGCCUCUACUACCUCACGCCGUGGCUGGCCGACUUCUCGUGCGCGCUGACCUACUCGGCCAAGCAGCGCUCCUUCAUGCGGUACAACGUGUUCAUGACCUUCUUCUUCACGCUGUGCACGCUGCUCUACAUGGAGAAGUCCGGCCUGGCCAAGCUCGGCUUCUACCUCCGCUCGGGCAAGCAGAUCUACGCGCUGCUCUUCUCAUACGUCACGACCAAGAUCCUGAUGCUCUGGUCCCUCGUGCCCGCGAUGACCUUCGUCAAGAGCCGCCUCCUCGCGCGCUUCCAAAGGACGCAGCGCGACAUGAACACCUGCUUCGAGGGCUACGAGUUCUACUACGCGCUCAACAUGGCGCAGAUCCUCUUCCUCGUCCUGCUCGCGACCAUGUUCUCAUCGGCGCUCCCGCUCGCGCUGCCGAUGUGCUCCGUGUACCUGGCGCUGCGCUACGUCACCGAGCGGCUCUACUUCGUCAAGUUCUACACGCGCACGCCCGCGUACGACGACAAGCUCUUCCACGCGGCGUACGGCUUCCUCCCCCUCGCCCUCCUCGGAAAGCUCGCCGCCACCUACAUCCUGUACCGCCCGACGCGUGCGGCCAACCUCACCUUCGCCAUCCAGCUCUUCACCUUUGUCCUCUGGCUCUCGAUCGACCGCGGCUUCUGGGCGUGGGUCCUCGCGGUGCGCGGCGGCGCAAAGAUGCGCGAGUACGAGUCGGACCUCGCCGAGUCCACCUCGCACCAGGUGGGGCGAGCGCGAGGGCUGCUCGACCCGUACGACCCCUUCCCGCCCGUCCUCGACCCGCCCGUCCUCGAGGUGCACGAGCUGCUGCUGCUGCGGCCCGUCGCGACGUGGGCAAACCCGCAGAGGCUGCCCGCCUUCGCCACCUGCCCGAACUGCUUCGCCACCUGCGCCAUCCCCGAGCCCGGGACGCCCGUCGGGCGGCACCGCUGCCGCCCCACGCGCGCGCUCAAGUCGGCCGAGGAGGAGGGCCAGCGGCGCCGCCUCGCCCGCCUGCCCGGCUGGGGCAAGGGCAAGAGCGGCAAGGGCCCACUCCGCCGCGCGAACUCCUCCGCCGGCGCCUCCCUCGGCAACAGCUUGGGCGAGCGCACCUCGCUCGCGCUCGGCCCCUUCUCCCCGGCGCUGCUGCCCCCGGCGGGCGGCGGCGGGGGCUCCCCCGCAUACGCCGCCUCGUCGCCCUCGACGACCGAUUUGUCCUCCUCCUCGGACGGCGAGGAGGAGGCUUCGCCGCCCGCCCCCGCCCCCGCCGCCCGCCCCUCUCGUGGCCGCGGCCUUCUCCGCCGGUCGGGCGGCGACGGCGACGCGACCUCGACUGCCGGGCUCAUGCCGUCCGGCGCGCCAGACUCCGCCUCGCCCGACCACCGGCAAGCCUCGCCGCUGCCGCAAGCCGCCGGCCUCGGCUCCGCGUGGCCCGGCGCGCCGUCAGCCUCGCACGGCGCCGCGCCCGGCGCCGCGCCGAGCGAGCCUCUGCCGGAGGCGAGCUGGACGCGCGUCGCUCGCAUCGGCGGCGCGUCGACGCUGCGCGCCUUUGGCUCGUGGACGGAGGCGCGCGCGUGGCUCGAGCAGCACUUGCGCAUGUCCGAGCGGGACGGCCCGCUCGGGCCCUCGGCACAGUUGGCCGAGGAGGACGGCGAGAGGUACACGUACACGGGCAUGCCGACGCUGCUGCUGCCGCCGCUCUCGCGGCCGACCGCUGGCUCGCGCGUGACCGUCUACGACUGGUGGAACAAGGAGCUCGGACAGCGCACCUGCAGCAGACCUGAGCUCGGACAGCGAACCAUCCACGCGGGCGCGCCGCGGGACGGCGAGGUCUGCCUCGGCGUCCAGUUCGUCGCCCUCACCGGCGGCAAGAUCACCGCCUCGGGCGCGGCGCCGCCCGGCACCGCCGCGGUCUGCGACUUUUGGGACCGCGGCCGGAGGCAGGUGACGCUGCACGCCGGCCCGGCGCGGCGGGGGGAGGAGCUGCGCCAGCUGCAGUUCUACGCGUGGACCGAGGCGCAGCCCGAGCUCGGCACGGUGCCAGUCUACGAGUGGGAGCACACCCACUCGCGCGAGCUCUCUGUCCACCCCGCGCCGCCCUGGCCGGGCGAGGAGCCGACGGCGGCGCGGGUCGUCUUCCACGCGCUGCCGCCCGCCGCCGCCUACGCGGUCAGUCUGCGCGCGCGCGGCCGCGAGCUGGCGAGCUCCGCGGUGAACGAGGCGCAGGGCGACGGCGUGGCGGCCCAGCUGAUCGGUGCCGCGAUGUCGGGCGACGGCGCUAUGGAGAAGAGGAUGCGCAGGGAGAUCUCCGAGUAUCUCGGCGGCGGCGGCGGCGAGGCCGUCGGUGAGGACCCGGAGAGUGGCGACGAGGAGCCGCCCCAGCGCGGCGACCUGAGGGUGCCGGCGGCGGACGAGUGGGUGGUAGGGUACACGCGUGAGCACGGCGAGUACGGCACCCUGCUGUGGCGGCUGCUCGAGGCGAGCACGCGGCUCGAGAUGUCGAAGCUGCUCGAGGACUGCCUCGAGCUCGGAGGAGCCUCGCGCAACGGCGGCGCCGACCCGCAGGUCUGGGAGUGCGUCUGCGUUGCGGCGGAGCUGUGCGAGCCGGACGCCGACCACGAGGGCCCGUGGACCCGCUGGGUGGCGGUGCUGCGCUCCGGCGGCGUACCACGCUUCGUCAACGGCCGGCUCACUGCGGCGCGGCGCGAGGUGGAUUGGGCGCUGCGCGCCUCGGUCGGCGGCGUCGUGCAGCGACGGCUCGCGGACGGGCUGCAGCUGGUGGCUUCGGGCGGCACCGCGGGCGCCUUCAACGUGCGCCUCCUCGUCUCGUCUCGCCGGGUGCACCACUGGGCGCGGCAGCACGUGCGCAUCGACUCGCACUGGGACCGGAUCGAGGCGUGGAUCGCGCAGCUGGCGCAGGUCGACGGCUCCGCCGGCGGGCCGCCCCUCGUCGAGACGGUGUCGUACGUCUCCGGAGAGUGGACCGUCUCCGCCAUCGCCCGCGCCGCCGCAGACGUGCCCGUGUCGCAGCGGGUGCUGGCCGGGCCGGCGUGGCCCGCGGGAGAGAUUCAGGCGCUGCUGCGGAGCGGCUUCGUCGUCAGCGCCGCCGCGCGCGGCCCGGCGGGCUCGGCGCACGCGGUGGUGGUGGUGAUGACGCGCAUGCCCGCGUCCGUGGCGCCGCUCGUCUACCGCGGCCGCGGUUCCUCCUCCGGCUGCGCGCCGCUCUGCGACGCGCGCCCCUUUUCCGAGCGGGCCGGCGUGCGCGUGCACGCCUCGAGCAGCGAGGCGCCGCCGCGGCUCGAGGCGUCCCGCUCGCGCGUGACCGACGUCGCGUACUCGCUGCCGUGGCAGCUCGGCGUGUGCGGCGGCGCGAUGCUCGACACGAUUGCGAUGCUCCUCAUCGUGGCGGAGGUCCUGCCUGCUUGGUGCACGCCGGUGCACGAGGCGAUCUCGCUGGCGGUGCUGGUGCUCUUCACGGUCGACAUCGCGCUGCGGCUGAUCGCCGAGGGACCGAGCUUCUUCUCGGACCGCUGGAACAUCUUCGACCUCGCCCUCGUCCUCCUCUCCGUCGCCGCCAACGCGUACGUCGCCUUUGGGGGCGGCUCGCAGGCGACCAAGCAGGCGCCAGUCAUCAUGCGCGCCUUCCGCGCCAUCCGCGCCGUCAUCCUCGCCUACCGCACCAUCGAGAGGCUCGAGCAGGGUGCGAGGAGCCGGCGCGGCCCGCCGGUGCAGCACCGCGCCGCCUUCAUCACCGACAGCGACGAGGGCACCUAUUGGCGGUCGGGGCGGGCGCCGGGCGGGCCGGGCAGUCCCUUUGGCGUCACCGUCACCAUCGACCUCGGCUGCGAGCGGCCGGUCGAGGCGAUCUCGACGCUGUGGGGCGGGGAGCACGUGCAUCGCAUGCCCGCGCAGUGGUCGCUCCUCGGCGCGACGCACGCCACCUUCGACCCGGCUCCGCCCGAGGUGGUGCACGCGGAGCCGGGCCAGAUGCCGGGCCACUGGCGGCUGCACGAGCCUCUGGUGAUCGCAUCCUUCGACGCGCCGGCGACGCCGCGGGCGGGGCCGCCCACACCGCGCGCUCCCGGCGCCGGCGCUGCCGCUGCCGGGUCAGGGUGGGGCGCGGGAGGCGCGGGCGGGCCGACGGCGCAUGCGCCGCACGUGCCUCGCUCGGCAGACCUGCACAUCGACGGUGUGACGUGCUCGUACACGGUGCUGCCCGAGACACGCGAGCUGCAGGUGCUGCCCGAGACGCGCAAGCUGCGCUACGUGCAGCUGCAGCUGGUGCGCCCCGUGGCCAAGCUGAAGGCCUACUCCCUCCGCCAGGUCCAGGUGGUUGGGCCGAGGCUGGCCGAGGCGCGGCCGUGGUCGUCUCGCAACCAGAAGGACGGGGACAGCGCGGCAGAGGGCGGCGUGCUCACGCGCCUCUCGCGCGCCGUGAGCACGUCCUGGUCCGCCUACCGCGAUGCACGUCUCACCUCGUGA